AUGGCGAUACUAGAUAUAUUCCUUGGAUUACUUCACGUAACCGUGAUAAUUGUACACCUGUUGGUAGCACCAUACACGAAAGUCGAAGAAUCAUUCAAUUUGCAAGCGACCCAUGAUAUAUUGCGGUAUGGUAUAUCGACGACCAAUGUUACAGCGUCUCUCGUACAGGAUUAUGAUCAUUUUGCAUUUCCUGGAGCAGUCCCAAGGACCUUCGUUGGCCCGGUUGUGUUGGCUGGACUCAGUAAGCCAAUAAUUGAUAUAUUAGGAGAUUUCGUAAACGAUCAGGUUAUCGUGCGAGGUGUUCUUGGGCUACUCACUGCACUCUCGCUGAUCCUAUAUACUCGCGCCAUACAUCGUGCAUACGGCCGUACAACAGCAAUCUUCUACACUCUCCUUCAGAUAUCGCAAUUCCAUCUACCGUAUUAUGCUUCACGGCCAUUACCAAAUACCUUUGCUUUGAUACUUUCUACCGCGGCGCUAUCUUUCCUCCUUCCACGCCCUGUAACCACUCCAAAGCAACGUAGGGGGACUUAUAAGCUCGGAAUCUAUAUUCUCACCUUUACUGCCGUAAUAUUCCGCUCCGAGCUCGCAAUAUUACUCUUUUUCGUAGCCUUGCGACUACUCCUCACACGUCGUGUCUCUUUGUUUCGAGAUGUUAUUCCUGCCGGAAUUGCUGGGGGUUUAGUGGGUCUUGCAAUAACACUUACAGUUGAUUCAUAUUUCUGGCAAUCCCAUAAUCCAGAAGUAAGACAUUUCACGACCCCGUUCCUCACCGAAAAAACAGGCUUGAUCUGGCCGGAAUUAUCGGGAUUCUUGUACAAUGCCAUUGAAAAUAAGUCUUCAGAAUGGGGUGUCUCUGUGUGGCACUACUAUUUCAGCUCUUCAUUACCAAAGCUAUUACUAAACCCGUCGGUAUUACUCGUCUCGUUACCAUUCUGUCUUUGCGGGUCUCCAACGGCUGCAAAAGAGCUCCUAAUCCCGGCGUUGGGUUAUGUAGCGGUAUAUUCAUAUCUGCCACACAAAGAAUGGCGAUUUGUUGUAUACAUCAUUCCUGCGUUAACGCUUUGUGGCGCACUUGGAAAUGCAUGGAUAUGGGACAGGAGGACCAAGAACGCCAUAUAUGCACUUCUGGCGAUGGGAACUUGCGGUUCGAUCGUGCUGGCGGCAUUGGGGGGGACGGGUAUGAUGCUCGUUAGCUCGUGGAACUAUCCCGGUGGGGAUGCAGUGAUGAAGCUACACCAUGCUUUUGCUGAAGAGGGAGUACAUGGGGUAGAGACCGUUCACCUAGACACAUUUGUUUCUGCAGAAAACGAGAAAUGGAACACAGCGAUCAAAGGGGUUGUAUUUGAUAAGACAGAGAACGAAGAUGAUUUACUUUCGGCGAAGUUUUGGGAAGAUAUCGAUUGGGUCGUCACUAGUGAUGUUUCGCGUGUUAUUGGAAAAUGGAGGAUUGUGGAUAGUGUUGUUGGUUGGAAGGGUGUUAAAGUUUAUAAACCCGGUGAAAUUGUUCAUGUCGGUGCUAUAGGGAUAGGGGAGAAGGAAGCGGAGGAUUUAGGGCUGGUAAAAGAAUCGGAGCCUUCAACUGUGUGGUGGAAGAGGGCAUUGGAGGAUGGGUAUGGGUUGAGAGAAAACGUAUUUAAGGGUUACUGGGUAGGUGCGAGGAUUGAGGAGAUGGUUUGGAUUUUGAAGAAGGAGACGUGA